GUAGACUUAGGACUACAGGCAGUCGAAAUCUUUAUUCGGAAUUGUCGUAAUGAGUUUAUUUCGCAAAAAAUAUUGUUGUGAAACAUACUUAACCUUGUGAUAUUAACAAAUUCGGUUAUCCGAAUAAUAUCGUUAAUUUUGUUCAUAUUAAAGAAGGCUUGAGAGGAUGAGUCACCAAGCACACGCCUAUGUCGAAAGCUAAUAGAAAAUCAGCUGAUGGCUUUUGCAGCUGCAAGUGCGAAUCGCCGCACAUACGAAGGAUGCAGUAAAUACUGUACUAAAAACGUUCGCUUUUGUCAGCUUUUGGUUUGUCUUGGGUUCUUGAAAUAAAUUCCGUUUAGUUAUAGCUGUUUCAGUUAAAUUAUAAUUUUGCAGACUGUUCCCCUGUUCGCGCAUUGGAGCAGUUGGACUGGAGAAUUGUUUGGAGUCUCUGCAUAUCGCGCGUGUUUAAGCUGCAUUUUUGCAGGCUUCUCUUUUUUUGCGGCAGAAUUAAUUGGUUCUCCUGAUCGUGAGCUGUAAUUAUCCCAUUGCGCGGAAGUAGUAAUCUAACGAUACAAAAAUGAGGGGACCGUCGCAAGCCGUGGAGGAGCCGAGUGGGAAUUCGACGGGCGUGCAUGCUUACCGUAUUCCGAUCACGGGAGCCAUCGACUUAUUCGCCGGAGCGCUUGGCGGAGGUCUGGCAGUUCUUGUUUGCCAGCCACUGGAUACAAUCAAAGUGAAAAUGCAGACGUAUCCGCAGUUUUUCACGGGCGCCUGGGAUUGCGGGAAGAAAACCUGGAACACACAAGGAAUAAAAGGACUUUACGCCGGAACUGUGCCGUCUUUGGCGGCUAACAUUGCUGAGAAUGCUUCGCUGUUUUUCUUCUACGGACUGUGCCAGAGAGUUGUGCAGAACAUUGUGAAGGUCCCCCGCAUCGAAGAUUUAAACAGCUUCCAGAAUGCAACAGCUGGUGGCGGUGCGGCAUUUUUUACGAGCUUUUUCCUUUGCCCGACUGAAUUGCUCAAAUGUCAACUGCAAGCGAUGGCCGAAGCACGCCAAAUUCAGUUGGCUGAAAAUCCUAACGUGAAAUUGGAACCAAGAAUUGGACCUUGGACUUUGAUGCGGCGAAUAUUGAAACAAGAGGGCGUUAUAGGCAUGUUCAGAGGCUUGAAUAGUACCUUUGCCCGGGAGAUUCCCGGAUAUUUCUUCUUUUUUGGUGGAUAUGAUGCUGCGCGGAAUGUGUUAGCGGGAAAGGGGUCGAAAGAUGAGCUGGGACCGGUCAAAACCGUUUUGUGUGGAGGGUUUGCUGGUGUUUCUUGUUGGGCAGCAAUUUUCCCGGCUGAUGUCGUGAAAAGUCGAUUGCAAACUGGGAGAGCCCAUACAGGAUUUUUCACAACAUUGAUAACGAUUGCGAAAACUGAAGGUGUUCUUGCCUUGUAUAAUGGACUUACACCAACCUUGAUACGAACUUUCCCGGCAUCUGGGAUCCUCUUUGUGGUGUACGAAUUCACCAAAUCCAGUCUGGAGAAGCUGGUAUUUGGCGGAAAGUGACUGUGACCCUGGUGUGGCCUUUUGCUUAUUUACUCCCGAGUGUGAAUUGGUUCUUUGGUUUUAAUUUUAUCAAUGUGGGACGACGUCCGUAAAGGCGUUUUUUAAUGUGUGAACUAACCCUGUGUGUGGUGUCGCCGGUCAGUAUUAGUUUAAGCGCAAUAUCAAUGGGUGAAUCUGUGCUGUUGGGUUUGAUAGACGACGGAGGUGCUCAAAGAUGUAAUUUAUUUAAUGACAUAAGACUACCGGAAGUGGACGUGCCUUGACAAUAAAGCUCAUUGCUGUG